ACGAAUGGCAUCAAAGAGCCGUAUCGGAUUCAAACAAACCACAAGUAAACAACAUUUGUUGUUCUCUUUUUACAGCAGGUCUCCAUCACAAACAGCGGCAACAGUUUAAUCUGGUUCUGAGUGAUGCGUGCUACUCUCACAUGGAACUUGUUCUUUUUUUUUUCUCUUCAGUUUUUGACCAAAUGUCACAAUUUUUGAAUGUGAAGUGAAAUGCAAAGCACACCGACGUGCACAAUGUAUUUAUUUGUAAUUAGCGCUCGCUCAUCACUUACCGCGAACAUUAUUUUAAAACGCUUCAGUAGAGCACGAAAUGAAACACAGCGCACAUGUGUAUAGAUCUUUAUUAUGAUUUCGCUCUCAAGUACUUGCCGCAUGAUCAAAAUUCAGUCUCGAAACGGACUCCACCAUGGUGACAGUGCACAACUAAAUGUUCAAUUGAAUGUAUUGUUCUCCAGAAAAGUUGGAAUUGAAUCGCAAAAAGUACAAUCCAUUUCUUUGAAUAUUCAAUUCGAUUGACGUUUUUACGUUGAAAGAAAAAAACGAACGAUUUUUUCUGGUGGCGAGAAAAAUAAGGUGACGAUAAGUGAAAAGGUGCAAUUGGGAAAAAACAGUAAGCGGAUUACAUCACGUUAUUUUGAUCCGACCGCAAUUAAGAUCCAUUAUCAAAUUGUGUCCCGUUUAUCACCGGGAGUGAGUUAAUCGAAUUCAGUUGCAGUAAUAGGCUACAGUGGCUUGUGCACAAACCUACCUGCAGCUAUACUGACUGAUGUGUGAUUUGAAAACUAAUUUUCAUGCAAUUGAUGCAAUAAAUGGACAAUAGACACGCGAGCUACCGAUUGGAAUUCCUUCACAUCUCAAUUCAACCUGGGCUCGUUAUUUGAGGCUUUUAUUCGCAAUAAAAACAGUGAAAAUACAUUUGCUCGUAUAGAAUGAAUAUUAUAUCGUAGAUUUUCAUUAAAUAAAACUAAUUGAAACGAACUGAAAUAUUUAGCUGCCGUGACAAAUUGAACGAUAAAAAAAUUGUGCCGAUUUUUUUUUCUACUAGAGAUAUAGUAGCGAAUCAUUUUUACGAGUUUCUGACGUUGAAAAAGAAUUGAAUUUUUAAAAUCAUACAGUGACAAUCUGUCUUCCAUAUCGAUAGAUAGAGCGAUAAGAGGGAAUGUGUGUAUAAAAUCAUUGUAUAAUUCAUGUCAUAGAUAAUAGAUUUAUGAUUCGGCAAAAACAAAUAAUGUAAUUUGGCUUCGAAGCGUCAAUCUUCGCAGCAAGAGCAAAAAAAAAAUCAAAAGUCACCGAUUGAAACAAGUGAAGAGAAUCAAAAACCCGUGUAGUGUGCCAUAAAUUAUUCGGAAAUGGAUGACAAAAAACGGAGAGCGAUUCCAUUCAUUCGCAUUGAUUCGCCGUCAGCAAGCCAGCGACAGUCGUACAUCAGUGUGUCGAGCAGUGAAGAAAGCAUUCCACUCGAUGCUCCUCUUGUUCGUCAAUCGAGAUGUAGCGUUGACAUUGAUACUAUUCCAACGGAACUGCGAGAAAAAUGCCAAGUUAACGGGAUUGACGGGCAUUCGAGCGCAUAUUUGGAUAAUUCCGAGUUGAGAGAAUCCAUUCGAGAUAUUACGUCUCAAUCACCGCCACCGACACCAGACUCAUCGAUUGGCAGUGCUUCCAAUUUGCCAGCGUUAGUGUCAAAAGAGCAGAUAGCACGGAGCAAUUUGCGCCGAAAUUCCAUCUCGUUGCCAGCAUUGACCAACAUUGAUUUGGAGGCAUUACAGCAACUAGAUCAAAUUUCACAAGAGUCGCAACCAACCGAUAGCCAGUCAAAUGACAACAAACAUGAGGAUGAGGAUUCAUCGGCCGAAUCGCCACUACCAUCGCCAUGUAAAUUGAUUCAACAGUGUAAUGCGGCGGUCACCAAUGCCGGCGACGAUAUUGAGCGAGCAGCCGAUCCGGACGAAGAGAGUGAUAGUGAUAAUGAGAAGCAAAAGCCGCAAUUCCAGUCAUUCUUCCGUACAAAACGUCGUUUAUCGAUCGCCCCGUUGCCUGCACUGCGUUUGAAUGAUAAGGAAAUGAUGGCGAACGAAUUUGAAAGUCAAAGUAUGAUCAGUAAUCAGAAUUCAAUAACAAGUGUUAAUUCGUUGGCCAGUUUAUUGAAGGAAAAGAUGCAGAUGUUCCCGUCGAUGAUACGCCGCAAGAAAGAAGCAACAAGUGACUUGAAGAUAAAAACGUUUGUGCUGACACUGUUUAUGAUUAUAGUGUUUCUGGUUGGAUACGCGUACAUCAUGUACGAGCAACAUGUGCUUUCAUACUUGUAUUUUGGCCGCAUUCAAUUCGACAAAGACACCAGAGUGUUUCGCAUUUUCGAUCAUCGCCGGAAAUUCAUAGAGGGUCGAUUGGGCCGCAAUAUUUUCGAUGGCAAACCAUUUCACUGUGUGCAUGGGAAUGCACACGAUGGCAGUUUGUGCAUCGAAUGGGAUGGUGAGGCUCGUUUGUAUUUGAAAGAAGACAAAACACGAGAUGGAUGCUUCACAUUGCGUUGGCAAGCAUUGAAAAAUGGCACAUUUCCAACGGAUUGUUUUGAUAUCGGCGACAAAGUACAUUGGUUUGGCGGUGGCACCACAAAAAAUAAUGCAUGGCCAUUGAGUCGAGGUCGUUUCGACUUUGAACCGUUUAUUACGGGCGAUGCACGAGCUCAACAGUUUAGCAAUGCAUUGAAUCGUCAUUUUAUCAGUUCGCACAGUGUUUCGAUACGAGUGGAUGAGAAAACACCAUUGUAUAUCAGUAUGAACCACAGUAAUUCUAAUGAAUUUUGCUUGAAAGCCAUGAACGAUGCAUUCGCAUUUGUGAAUCGGAUGACACCGUAUCCAGAGCUGAGCUAUAACAUUUGCAUUGCCGAAAACAUGAAGAAACUGCACAAUAUGACCGUUGAGAAGAAGCUGGCAGACGAUUUGAGCGAAGCCGAUUUGAAAGUGAUUUAUUCGUUGAUGGAAGAGCCCGUUUGGCAAAUACCAGCAUCGAGUUUCGAUCAGUUAACUGAAACUGUCAUAUUCAAUUACACAGAGGAUGUUAUAUCUGUCGGUUAUUUAAAGCCUGGACACAUUUUGGUGAAUGAAUUUUGGCAGAAGGAAAUCGGUGAUUUCACCGUUGACACCGAACGAUUCGAACGUUUUGCUCACACCAUCAAAGAGUUGCACAAACGUGGUUUUCGCAUUGUGCUCACCGUACAACCGUUCAUCAGCACGGAUUCGAAAAGUUUCAAAGAAGGCGUUGAAAAGAAGUUGCUCAUUUAUGAGCGUCUUUCUGAACGAAGUAUUCCGGCGUUAACACGUUACAAAAGUGCUCCCAGCACCGGAGUUUUGGAUAUAACCAUAGCUGAUACAUAUACUUGGCUACUACAAAAGUUGAAGAAAGUCACCAAAGACUAUCAAAUCGAUUCGUUCUUUUUGGACUUUGGUACGGCCUAUAAUAUGCCGCAUUAUUAUCAGUGUAGCAAAAGUUUGCUGAAUCCGGACGAAUAUAAGACGAUAUUCGGACGCAAGUUUGAUGAUUCAAUAAAAAUAAUGGCCUAUUCGGGUGCGAUAUCAGUGCCAAAAUUACCAUCAUUUUUGAGUUUGCCGCCGGUGAACGCAUCGUGGGAAGGUCUUCAAUCGAUUUUACCGACUGCUUUGGCAUACGGUGUGGUUGGAAUGCCAUUCAUAAUAGCCGGUGCUGUCGGAGGUGAUUAUUAUGUGCCCGGAAAUGAUAGCACAAUCCUUUCGUAUCAUUCGCUUGAUCAGCCUCAGCUGCCCGACCAAGAGUUAUUCGUUCGCUGGUAUCAACUGAGCACAUUUUUGCCAUCGAUGCGAUUCUCACACUUGCCCGAAGAGUAUAAAAGCGAUUUCAUCACCGAUAUCGCCAAAGAGCUGUCAUCGCUUCGAGAAACGAUUGUCAUUCCAAUACUCAAAAAGUAUAUGAAUGAGGCCAUGUACGAGGGCAAACCAAUGAUUCGACCAUUAUGGAUGCUUGAUCCCGCUGAUGCGGCAUGCCUGCAAGCCGAAAAUGAAUUUUCAUUGGGUGAAGAUGUUGUGGUUGCCCCAACAUUGUAUCGUGGCCAAACAAAACGUACCAUCUACUUGCCGGGUGGCCUAUGGAAAGACGGUGUCGACGGUUCAAUUCGCAAAGGUCAUCGAUGGCUUUAUAGCUAUCAUGUGCCAAUCGAUAAAGUGGCAUAUUUCAUUCGGAUGCCAACUAAUUCCACAUCAUAAAUAUUCCACCAUAAACAUUUAAUUUUUGUUCUCUCAUUUAUUGUGUGCCUCAUCGAGUGAUACGUAUAUGAAAUAUUACUAUCGUAGAAUAUAGAAUCAUUUGUUAUUUUAUUUAGCCAUUUAUUUGAAUGAAACAAGGUGAAAACAGAAACAAAGCUGCUAUUGUGGUCGAUUUAUGGAAAGAUAACUGAAUUUCGAGCUGAAUUGCUAUGUUUAUUGUAAUAAUGAUCAAAAUAUUUUAAAUAAAACUCUAAUCAAAAUGUGAAA